AUGUGUCUGUAUAAAUCUGAAAUCCACCAUUGCCUCUUUCCUCCUCUCUGUCUACUCCGGUUACUUAACUUCCGUCCACCGCCUCAGGUGGAUUACGCUCUCGGAGAUAACCCUAGAAGGGUGGCUGUAUUAGGGUUUUUGCAAAGGAUGUUGUCGGAGAAGGAGGGAGAGGAAGUCGUCGUGGGCUUUACUCGGCGACCGUUUGCCCUCACUCCCCUUUACUCGGCGACUAUUUUCCUUUUCAACCAUCAUCUUCUUCAUUCAACAGCAAACCCUAGAAAUCUAUCCCUCUCAGAUAUUCCAAUUUGUAUGAUGGGGGGCUAUUCGUUUGAAGAAAUCUGUGAGGUUAUUUUGCCACGAACUCUUGUUUUGGUGGGAAAGACUGGGACUGAGCUGAAGAAAACUGCACUCGAAGAUGGCCAGAUUCUUAAUGUGAUUGAUACUCCUGGACUGUUUGAUUCUUCUCAGACUGUUGGGCAAGAGAUUGUCAGCUGCAUACGUAUGGCCAGGCAUGGUGUUGAUGCUUUUUUAGUUGUCAUCUCAAUUUCCAAUCGUUUUGGAGAAGAUGAAAAAGCUGCAAUAUAUACCUUGCGCACUCUGUUUGGAAAAGAAGUUUAUGAUUACAUGAUAAUAGUUUUCACUGGUGGGGAUGGAUUAGAAGAGAAUGAGAGUUUGGUAGAUUUUUUACGUGAAUCUCCCAAAGCAUUACAGGAAACCCUAGGCCUGUGUGGGGAUCGGUAUGUUCUUUUUGAUAAUAAGACAAAAGAUCCAAUUAAGAAAUCAAGUCAAGUACGGGAGCUUCUUUCUCUUGUAAACACAGUGUCGAAAAACAAUGGAGGAAAGCCUUAUACCAAUGAGAUUUUUACUGAGUUAAAGAAAGUGACAAGGGGACUUGAUGAACAGGAUAUAUCAGCAUGUGACGAACAAUUCAAGCGUAUUUUUGAAAUGGUUGAGGUCGAAGCUCAAGGAGUCAACUUUGAAAUUAGAAAGACUAUUGGCAGAAGAGCGGAAUGCUCGACUGAAGGCUGA